AUGGCGCAUCUCCUGCAAGCAGGCGCGACCCGCUUUGGGGUCUCUUCGUCGGUGUCGCACUUUUCCCUCCAUCACCAAGUGCAACUGAAGCUCCGACUUGGUCCUCGAAUAGUUUUGACCCUUUUUCUCCUCGUCGCAACCACGUCACAGCUGUGUGGCGACAUUACUUUCUUCACGACUAACGGAGCCCUUGCUCAAGAUACUGCGACGUCCAGAUGCGAGGAUAUUGAUAACGGGACACAGUGCACGUGUGAUAAGGUUAGUGGAAAUCAACAGGAUCUUACGGCAACGGUAUCUGCAACUAGGUCUGUGCUGCAGUUGCUUUGCAAAACCGGUUUAACAUGGACACCAGCCGGAGCGGACAACAAGCAAGUAUGCCCAGAAGCCACAGAUGACCUGAAGAACUGCAAGAAGGAUGGUGGUAAGCCUACAUGUAUUGAUGUCACGACCCUGCUUGCUGGUUCCACCGACGGCAUAAAGUGGCAAGAUGUUACAGGAGAGUCGCAGGGCAAUACUAAAGGCAAGCAACUAACCAUUCCGGCCGCGAAUCUCCCCUACUCCGACAAAAAAUUCAUUGUUGGUUGCCUCUCUAGUGAUCAAAGCACAUCCAAAUGCAAAUUGACAGUGACGCUUGAGGCGAGGCCAAGUGUGACAGAAAAAAACCAUACCGUUACAUGUGCCUACGGAAAGACUAGCAAUCCCACACACCAAACCGUCAAGCUAAGCCCGUCGCAAAACAGCUUCACUCUGGUGUGCGGAAGCGAGGGAGAAGUUCUCCCGACGAAAUACCAGGACACCUAUUGUGGCAGUAAGGACGGAGAGAGCGCCGCCGCCAAGCAGUGCAGUGGCAACUACACAGAAGUUAUACCAACUUACGAAAACACAUGGUGGGAGGAGACCAAGGAUAAAACCUCAUACAGUCUGGUAAUUCCUUCGGACAGUUUUCCGGAGGAGGAGACGAAGAUUACGCUUGGGUGUCAAAAGAAGGCUUCUACGUCAGGCGACAGAACCAGAGAAGAAGCGACAGCAGCUGCGUCAACUGUUUGCACCGUGGACGUGACGAUUGAGGGUGUGACAUCGUCGGCGUCCCUGUCUCGGGGUAUGGAUGGUGUGCUUUUCUGGGUUGUGGGUUUCGGGGCGAUGUCGAUUGCAUUUGCAUGCUUGUGA